CAAUCACUAUUUACUGAUGAAGAUUCCUUUUCCAGUUUUUCUUUGUUCCAGGUGUUCUCAUCUCUCUCUGAGCGCUUUCAGGACAACAUGAGCUCGAAGCCUGAGGACGUGUUCUCCCUGACCAAAGAGGAUGAAGCAAGCGGGGUGACUGGCAGGAUGUACAUUCCAAAGAUCAUCUCCCAGGGCCCAGCUAAGGAGUGGAUCGAGAGGCGCAGGCUCACCAUCCGACCCUGGGCCUCCUUCAUCGACCAGAAGCGAUUCUCCCGGCCGAAGAACUUUGGCGAGCUGUGCAAGCGCCUGGUGAAGAAUGUGGAGCACUUCCAGAGCAACUACGUGUUUGUGUUCCUGGGCCUCAUCGUGUACUGUGUGAUCACCUCUCCAAUGCUGCUGAUCGCCCUGGUGGUGUUUUUCGGAGCUUGUUACAUCGUUCACCUGCGAGCCUCCCAGUCCCGCCUUGUCCUGUUCGGUCGGGAGUUGAGUCCUGCUCAUCAGUACGGUCUGUCUGGAGCAAUCUCCUUCCCCUUCUUCUGGUUGGCUGGUGCUGGAUCAGCUGUGUUCUGGGUCCUGGGUGCCACCCUGGUGUUCAUUGGUAGUCACGCUGGUUUCCACGAGUUGGAGUCGGGAGACGGUGAUGAGCUUCAGAUGGAGUCAGUGUAAGCAGGGGCAGCUGGCUCAGACUUCGGGAGAAUGGUCAUAGCUGCAGCACUUUAUACAGAGGGAGACGUUGGGCAGUCUAUCGAGAAUUCACCAAGGCUGCUCACUGAAUUAAACUCAGUCGCUUUGGAGUUUUUCUAAUGGGCAGUCUGUGUGUUUCAGUCUGAACUUGAAUAGCUCAGGAGGUGCACAUCUCACGCUAACCUUUCAGCCAGUCAAACUCAUAAUAAUGUCUUCUCCUUGGAUGUUAUAUACACACUUAGAUUGUCAAGCUGCUUUUGGACUUUCCAUUAUUUACUGAUUUGUGUUGUGAGUGAUAUUUGUAGGUGCCGGGACUUCUGUAUGUAAAUGGGCUGUGGGUGGUAACAGCUGGCUUGGGUCCUGCGGUUGUCAGUGGAUAUUAUUUUCUGAAGCGACCCUUUGCCUGUUCUGUGUAGUUCUAAAGACCUAACAGAUGAAGAGGCCAAUCUUAGCACCCUCAGCCUGUCUCACUGCCGAGCCUUGUCCCUACUCACUCACUGCCUGUUGUGUUUGUCACCUUCCCUGUCACACAGCCUGUUUCCUUGCCUUCUCCGAUCCUCACGUUCCACAUCCCACUCCUCCCGUUCACAUUCUGCUCUCUCUCACACUCCUCUGUCUCCCACCCUCAAAGGAAAGAGAAAUGCGCAGAAGUGGACAAGGAGUUGCUCCAGAAAAUAAUAUCAACUGACAUUUCCACCAACAGUUGCAAUGUUGCAAUCCAUGGCCUGUAUACCACUCCACCUCGGUCUUUUAUCCGUGUAGAGUCUCACAGCACAGCAAACAGCCAUUGGGCCUCUGCUGACCUACCUAGACUAGCCCCACUUUCCCGCACUAUGCCCAUAGCCUUCAAUGUUAUAACAUUUCAAGUGCUCGUCCAAGUGCUUUUUAAAAGUUGGGAAGGUUUCCUGUCCCGACUACCCUCCCAGGCAGUGUAUUCUGACCCAUGCCGUUCUCUGGGUGAAACAAUCCUCAAAUCACCCUGUAAAUCUCCUGCCUUUUACUUUAAAAUGAUGGCCCCCUUCUUAUUGAACCUUCAACUAAGGGGAUCAGCUGCUUCCUAACCCCCCUGUCCAUGCCCCUCAUAAUCUUACAUGCUUCUAUCAGGUCACUCCUCAACCUUCUCUGCUCCAAAGCAAACAACUUGAGCUUAUCCAGCCUGUCUUCAUCGCUGAAAUUCUCGGGCCCCGGCAACACUCUGGUGAAUCUCCUUGCAACCCCUCCAGUACAAUCACAUCCUUACUAUAGUGUGGAGACUGGAACUGCGCACAGUAGUCCAGCUGUGGCCUCACCAAAGUCAUAGAUUCAAAUAGCAUGGAAACAGAUCCUUUGGUCCAACCGGUCCAUGCUAAUCAUAAUCCAAAAUGAAACUAGUCCCACCUGCCUGCGCCUGGCCCAUAUCCCUCCAAACAUUUCCUAUCCAUGUACUUAUCGAAAUGACUUUUAAACAUUGUAACUGUACCUGCAUCCACCACUUCCUCUGGAAGUUUAUUCCACACAUGAUAAAAGUGUGUGUUUUUUUAAAAAAAAAAUCUCCCCUCGUGUCUUUUUAAAAUGUUUCCCCCCUCACCUUCAACCUGUGCCCCCUAGUUUUGGACUCCCCUACGCUGGGGGAAAAGACCUUGCCUAUUCUCCCUAUCCACGUCUCGUGAUUUUAUAAAUCUCUAUAAGGUCACUCCCUGGCCUCCUAUGCUCCAGAGAAAAUAGCCCCAACCACUCCAGCUUCUCCUUUAUAACUCAAAUCCUCCAUUCCCGGCAACAGCCUGGUAAAUCUCUUCUGAACCCUCUCCAUCUCAAUAAUCACUUCAUAUAACAGGGCAACCAGAACUGGACACAAGUCCUAUACAGCUCCACCAUAAGCUCCCUGCUCUUAUAAGCUGUGCCUCAAAACACAUGAGUCCUGUAUUACUUGGUAUAACUACUGUCAAUGUUAACAGAGUCUCCCAUGUCAGGAGGAAGGUUCAGAGGGGAAACUAGGUCAAUGCUCCACCAAACACCUGGUAAGGAGCAGGGAGGAAGUCUAAUAGACAGAGGGUCAAGAGUUGGGCUCUUAAGUUACACAGCAGGAUCCCGAGAGUAACAGUCUCUGACUCAGCCUGAACCACCUGCAGAUUGACGUUGGAGCAGGUUGAAGAAUGAUGGAGCUUAAGGGGGGAGGGGAGGGCGUUCCCUUUCGUGGAGUGGGAACUGUGGGACAGUGCGAUGGGACACGGGAUAUCAGGAGGUGGCAGAGAUAAAAUGACAAGAAAUGCAAGCUGCUGAAAUGGCAACAGGACAGGACGAGAGGAAGUAGAAAGUUACAGCCAGGGCAGACGUGUAGGGCCAGGCAAUAAAUAGAUUUGUGGUACAGAAGUCUUCAGAAAGUAGCUAGUUAAAAACGGAGGGGAAGUCCUGUUGAAAACAGUUAAAACGUUUGCAUGUAAUAAAACAGAGAACCGGAAAUAAGCAUCCGGUGGUAGGAAUCAGACGUAAAUGGAGGCUGUUCAGCCUUUGCAUCAUUCUAGAUCAUCAAGGAUGUACCAGAAUGUCACAUUCCCAGACUACUCCCUCUUCAUUAUUAACAAUCUAUCAAUCUCUGACAGUUUACAGCUGAGCCUGCCCUCUGGGGUCAAGAAUUCCAAAGAUUCCCCACCCUCCGAGAGAACAUAUUCCCUCCUCAUUUCAGUCCGAAAUGAUGAGCCUUUUACUCUAGGGUUGGCCCAAACAGUUGAGGGAGACCUCCUUUCAGUGUCUGUUCUGCCUUUAAGAAUUUUGGAAGAUGCAGUGAGGUUGCUUGCAACCUGUUUGGCAACUUCAUAAGCCUCCUCCUUUUACCUAAUGUGAUCUUACCUUCCCCACUUAUCCACAGCUCUGUCUUCCUAUUGAGAGAUUUUUUUGCCUUAAAGGAAUAUGUUUUCAGAAAACGAGCAUUAACUCUUUAAGCACUAGCUGCAUUCCAUGUGCUGUCCCCCAGUGACAAAAACCUGCUCAUGCCUUCAUAAAUGUCACAGAGAUGUGCAGCAUGGAAACAGGCCCUUUGGCCCAACUUGCCCAUGCCUCCCAUUUUUCACAAUUAAUUUAGUCCCAUUUUCCUGUGUUUGGUCCAUAUCCCUCCAUACCUACUGCAUCCGUGUACCUGUCCAAAUGCUAUUUAAAUGACACAAUUAUACUCGCUCCCACUCUGGCAGCCUGUUACAGACACCCACCACCCUCUGUGUGGGGAAACAUUGCUCCCCUGAACCCUUUUGUGUUUCUCCCCUCUCACCUUAAAUAUAUGCCCUCUAGUUUUGGACUCCCCUACCACAGGGAUAAACUUUUGGCUAUCUACCUUAUCCAUGCCUCUCAUGAUUUUAUAUACCUCUAUAAGGUCACUCCUGAGCCAACUACACUCCAAGGAGAAAAGGUCCCAGCCUAUCCAGCCCCCUCCUUAUAACUCAAACCUUCCAAUCCAGUUAGCAUGCCAGUAAAUCUUUUCUGCAUUCUUUCUAGUUUAAUAAUAUCCUCUCCAUAGUAGGGGGACCCAGAACAGCACGCAGUACUCCAAAUAUGGCCUCACCAAUGUCUUGUACAGCUGUGAUAAGAUGUCCCAUCUCCUAUACUCAAUACUCUGACCGAUUUUAAAAACUAACAUGCCGAAAGCUGCCUUCACCACCCUGUCUACCUGUGACUCCACUUUCAAGGAGCUGUGAAUCUGUAUCCCGAGAUCUCUUUCUUCUGUAACGAUCCACAGGGUCCUAUCAUUGACUGUAAGUCCUCCCUGGUGUCACCUGCCAAAAUGAAACACGUCACAUCUGUCUAAAUUAAGCGCCAUCCGCCAUUCCUCAGCCCACUGGCCCAGUCGAUCAAGAUCUUGCUGGAUUGUCAUUCUUCAGAUUUUAAAAUCCUAGUUUCAAUUUGAACUACAUCUUUUUCAAACUUAAUAGAAAAUUUCAUCAUAUUAUGGUCACUGUUCACUAAACCUUAAUUGCAUUGUGGAUGGACUCUUGUGCAACGGUAGUAUCCCUAUCUCUGAGUCAACAGUCCUGGGUUCAAGUCCCACCUGCCCCCGAGGUGCAUGUUAACAUCUCCGACCAGGUUAGUUAGAAAAGUAUUUAGUUAUAAAAUAGGGAUGACUGAGCCAUGGCUACGGGUGAAAUCAGGAGAUGGAAUUAAACAUUGAAGGGUCUAAUAGAGUUUGAAAAGAAGAAGUGAAUGGGGCGGUGGCAUAGCUGUACUUAGUCAAGAUGGCAGUAGAUUAAAAUAGAAUAAAAGAAAUAAAAAGACUCAAAUAGACGGUAACAAGAAAAGAGAGGAAAGGGUUAAUUACACUAUUGCUGUUGUCUACAGAGCACCUGAAAUUGGCAGAGAAGUGGGGCAAGUAUGCAGUCAAAUUACACAAUUGAGUUCUAAAAAUAAGGGGAAAUACCUGUUUACACUAGUGCAGUAUGAUAUAUAUCACCCUGGUCGUGACUGGAUGGAAGGGGUCGGUAAAGGAGAACCUGGAACAGAGUUCUCGCAAUCUGUGCAGUGCUCCUGUCUAACCCAAGAUGAAUAAAAGACAGAACAUUUGCAGUUAGAUCUAAUGAUUGAGAAUGAAUUAGAGCAGAGAAGUAGAACAUCUAGGCAGUAGCAACUUUACAAUAAUGAUUAAUUGCAUCAUCCAAACAUUGUUGCCAAUGUUAACAGAUCGGGGACUUGCUAGUUUUGGAGGGGCUGUAAAUGAUGGAGUGAUUGUCGAUUUUUAGAUGAGUGAAGAUAGGAGAAGGCUUGGGUGGAACGUGUAUACCAACAUGGACUGAUAGCUGGGUCAACUAUCCUGUUUGUGAUGUGCAUCAUAUACAAUCCUAUGAGGUGGGAGGGAUACGGUUCAGGAGUGAUAUGGUGGAAAUAGCUAAGGAACUAGGGCAGCACGGUGGCUAUGUUUUUUUUUUCCCUUUUUAUUCAUUAACAGGAUGAGGGCAUCGCUGGCCAGGCAGCAUUUAUUGCCCAUCCCUAAUUACCCAGAGGGCAGUUAAGAGUCAACCACAUUGCUGUGGGUCUGGAGUCACAUGUAGGCCAGACCAAGUCAGGAUGGCAGUUUCCUUCCCUAAAGGACGUCAGUGAACCAGAUGGGUUUUUCCUGACAAUUGACACUGGAUUCAUGAUUGUCGUUAGACUCUUAAUUCAAGAUAUUUUUUGAAUUCAAAUUCCACCACAUACCAUGGUGGGAUUCGAACCCAGGUCCCCAGAACGUUAUCAGGGUCUCUGGGUUAACAGUCCAGUGCCAAUACCAUUGCCUCCCCACUGCUGUCUGACCGUGCCAGGGACCUGGCUUCGAUUCCACCCUCGGGCAACUGUCUGUGUGGAGUUUGCAUGUUCUUGCUGUGUCUGCAUGGGUUUCCUCUGGGUGCUCCGGUUUCCUCCCACACUCUGAAGAUGAGCAGAUUAGACUAAAUUGGGCAAUGCAGGGUUAUGGGAUAGGGUGAGAUGCUCUUUGGAGGGUCAGUGUGGACUCAAUGGGCUGAAUGGCCUGUUUCCGCACUAUAGGGGUUGUAUGAUUGUAGAAAUGUGUAGGGUAUGUUCACUAGUGCCCAGCAUCUGGAAGCCACUGUCAUCUGCCCUGCUGAAGUUACAGGUCAUGCACAGUUCCUGCUCCUCCUUUCCCCCCCAACCCCCGGUGGGUGAUUUGGGGCACCUCAUACCCAGGAACUGCCUGUUCUAUCUCUCUGCAGGCCGGGUAUCCGAUGAUGUUUGGUCUCCAUCAUUCUGGUCAAGUUCCGUGAAUCUCAGCUUGGUAGACCCCCCACCGCAACCCUGCCCUCCCCCCACCGAAUGUUGGUCUUUCUUAACCCAUAGAUGUCAUUUAAUGAACCAUUAGAUGUGGGAGCGGAAGUAGGCCAUUCAACCCAUUGAGCUCCAACAAUCAAUGGGAUCACAGCAGAUCUGAUUAUCUGUAACUCUGUUUUCCUGCCUGUUCCCCCUAAUUCUUGAUUCCCUUACUGAUUAGAAGUCUGUCUCAGCUUUGAAUAUACCCCAUGACCCAGCCACCAUAGCCCUCUGAGCGAAGAAGUUCCUCCUCACCUUUGCCUUAAAUGAGUGACCCCUUAUUCUGGGUUGAUGUCCUCCGGCCUUAGACUCUUGCAGAAGAGGAAACGACCUCUCCACAUCUACCCUGUCAACUCCUCUAAGAAUUUUGUUUGUUUCGAUAAGGUUACUUGGAAUAUUGUGUUCAGUUCUGGUUGCUUCAUUAUGUGGAAGCUUUAGAGAGGGUGUAGAGGAGAUUUACCAGGAUGCUGCCUGGACUGGAGGACAGGUCUUCUGAGGAAAGGUUGAGGGAACUAGGGCUUUUUUCAUUGGAGCGAAGAAGGAUGAGGUGUGACUUGAUAGAGGUUUACAAGAUGUUGAGAGGUGUAGAUAGAGUGGAUAGCCAGAGACUUUUUCCCAGGUCGGAAAUGGCUAUUACGGGCAUAAUUUUAAGGUGAUUGGAGGAAGGUAUAGGGGAGAUAUCAGAGGUAGGUUCUUCACACAGAGUGGUGGGCGUGUGGAAUGCGCUGCCAGCAGUGGUAGUGGAGUCAGAUACUUUAGAGACUUUUAAGCAACUCUUGGAUAGGCACGUGGAGGAUAGUAAAAUGCAGGGUAGAUUGAUCUUAGUAGGAUAAUAGGUCGACACAGCAUCGUGGGCCGAAGGGCCUGUAUUGUGCUGUACUGUUCUAUGUUCUAUGUAAGGUUGCUCCUCAUUCUCCUAAGCUCAUGACGAGUACAGGCCCAAUCUACCUCGCCUCUCCCCAUCAGACAGUCCCUCUUUACCGGUAUCGGCCUUGACAUUCCCAAGAGUCUGUAAGUGUCCUUUUAAUGUAAAAAAGAAAAUGUUUAUUGAACAAGAAAGAACACCCUAUAUUAACACUAGACAAACAGGUAGGACAGAUUUUAACGCAAACGCCAGCAAAAGGAUUCAAACACUCACUCUUCCCAGUGACCGCCUCAGAAACACCUAAACCACAGUGUGGAGUCAUUGUUGUCUCCACAUCUAGACAUCUUGCUCCAACUAGAACAUUUCACUGCAUCUAUUGGAUGGAUUUCUUCAGAUGGUACCUCUUGCUGAAAUAUCUAAAACUGCAAAUUAAACUCUCUGCUCCGUAUGCGUGAAAUGCUCCGAAAAUGAAGUCCCACUCUUCUUCUCACACCGCUAUUGUCAAUGGCCAAUUACUUUUGUACUGUGGUCAAAAUAAAUUUCUCGAGGCUUCUUAAACAAA